CUGGGCCUCUCACACCCUCCCUUCCUCCUCUAGCCAGGACUGGGAGGUCCCGGAGGGAACGAGGGUCAGCGCCCACAUUCGCCCUUUGACCUUGGGCUGGGUCGGGACCUUGGGCUGGGUCGGGAUCAGGCUCCUCUUACUAGUGAGGAAUGUGUGGGCGGAGCCAGCCCCGCCGUCACGUGACUUCCUUCCACUCCUUGCCCGGGCUUCCCUGACCGGUCCUUCCUCAGCCCCAGGCCCGAGGAGAGAGAAAUCCCAAGCUUCUCCGAGUCUAGGCGACCGGAGAAAGGCCAGGAAUGUGACCAGAUUGUCUUGGAAACAUUUGUUUAAGGCAGGGACUUCGCUGUAGACCAAGGUGGCUCAGACCUGACUGUGCAAACCAGGCUGGGCUCGAACUCACGUAGAUCCCCCUGCCUCUGCCUUCCAGGGUGCAGGAAGUGAAGGCGUGCGUGACUGGAAGACUGCUUUUUCGGCGUGGGUGGUUUCUGCGCGGACGGCUGUGCGCCGCCGGGGGCCGCGGGUCUCCGUGGCGGGGCUCGGGAUUCGAACUCGUGUUCUCGCGCUUUCCUAGCAGCCGCUCCAAUGCAGCGGGGAAGCCUCCGUGUCUUGGCAAACUCUUUUUGUCUGUUUGUUGUUUGGUUUUACAGACAGGGUUUCCCUUUGUAGCCCAGGCUGGCCUCGAACUCAGAGAUCCGCCUGCCUCUGCCUCCCCAGUGCAGGCGUGCCGGGCUGUCUAACCCACCCUCCCAGCCCCACUGCUCCGUCCUUCCCCGCCUCCGGGCCUGGGGGGGGGGGGGCGCCCGCCGGUGCCCGUGCGCGGGUGGGGAACAGAACAGGAAAGGCCGCGGGCCGGGACUCCGCUCCGCGUUUUCCCGCCAGCCCGCCCGGCCUCCGGGGCGAGGGGCUCGGCCCGCCGCGAGGAAAACCAGGACCGGAUCGCGCGUGUCCGCCGCGCAGCCCUGCCCGGAGGCGUGCGGCGCUGGGGCGGGGCGGCCGCGGCCCGGAGGAGGAAGAGCAGGUGCCGCGCGAGCGGGGUGAGGCGGGAGGGCGGCCCCCCGCCCCGGGACGCCCCCGCUCACCUCGGGGGCCCCUUCGCACCAUGGCGGUGAGAUUCCAGGUGGCAGACAUGGAGGAGCUGACCAUCUGGGAACAGCACACAGCCACACUUUACAAGGACCCCCGCCGCGGCUUCGGCAUCGCCGUCUCUGGAGGCCACGACCGGACCGGCGGAUCUGUGGUCGUGUCUGACGUGAUACCCGGAGGCCCGGCCGAGGGCAGGCUUCUCACCGGAGACCACAUCGUCAUGGUGAACGGUGUCUCCGUGGAAAAUGUCACCUCGGCCUUUGCCAUCCAGAUUCUGAAGACCUGCACCAAAACGGCCAACAUUACGGUGAAGCGUCCUCGCAGGGUCCAGCUGCCCGCCACCCAGGCCGGCCCCCGGCUCUCAGACCAGGAGGAGGCGAACCACGGCCGGGGCUACGAGGGGGACUCGUCCAGCGGCUCGGGCCGCUCGUGGGGAGAGCGCUCUCGCCGCGCCAGGGCCGGGCGCCGCGGCCGCGUGGGCAGCCACGGGCGCCGGAGCUCGGGCGCCGGGUCCGAGGCCAAUGGCCUGGACCUGGUGUCCGGCUACAAGCGCUUGCCGAAGCAGGACGUGCUCACGAGGCCGCUCAAGUCCGUGCUGGUGAAACGGAGGAACAGCGAGGAGUUUGGGGUGAAGCUGGGCAGUCAGAUCUUCAUAAAACACAUCACCGACUCUGGCCUCGCCGCUCGGAGCCGCGGGCUGCAAGAGGGAGACCUCAUCUUGCAGAUCAACGGAGUGCCCAGCGCCGACCUGUCCCUGAGCGACACCCGGAGGCUCAUCGAGCGGUCGGACGGGGAGCUGACGCUGCUGGUGCUGAGGGACCGCGGGCAGUUCCUGCUGAGCCUCCCGCCCGCCGAGAGCGGCAGCGACAGCUCGCUCCUGGAAGACAUCUCCGACCUGAACUCGGAACUGUCCCAGGCGCCGCCAUCCCACAUCCCCCCGCCGCCCCGGCAGGGUCGGCCGAGCCCCGCGGACAGCCAGACGGACUCGCCCGCGGAGACCCCGCAGCCCCGGAGGCGGGACCGGUCGGCGGAUUCGAGAGCAGUAGCCGAGCCAGAGUCUCCUGGAGAAAGCCGCUAUGACCUUUACCGGGUCCCCAGCCGGCAGAGUCUGGAGGACCGUGGCUACAGCCCAGACACACGUGUGGUGCGCUUCCCCAAGGGCGCGAGCAUUGGCCUGCGGCUGGCUGGCGGCAACGACGUGGGCAUCUUUGUGUCCGGGGUGCAGGCAGGCAGCCCGGCUGACGGGCAGGGCAUCCAGGAAGGGGAUGAGAUCCUGCAGGUGAACGGCAUGCCAUUUCGGAACCUGACCCGGGAGGAGGCCGUGCAGUUUCUCCUGGGGCUGCCGCCGGGGGAGGACGUGGAGCUGGUGACGCAGAGCAAGCAGGACAUCUUCAGGAAGAUGGUCCAGUCCCGCGUCGGUGACUCCUUCUACAUCCGCACACACUUCGAGCUGGAGCCAAGCCCACCUUACGGCCUGGGCUUCACCCGCGGCGACAUCUUCCACGUGGUGGACACGUUGUACCCUGGCUCUGGGCCAGGCCAAGGGCACGGCAGCCGAGGGGGCCUCUGGCUGGCCGCCCGAAUGGGCAGAGAUCUCCGAGAGCAAGAGCGCGGUGUCAUCCCCAACCAGAGCAGAGCCGAGCAGCUGGCCAGCCUGGAGGCCGCGCAGCGCGCUGCGGGCUUGGUGCCGGGUACCUCCUCAGGCUCCAACCCACGGGCGGAGUUCUGGCGGCUCCGGGGUCUCCGCAGAGGGGCCAAGAAGACGACACAACGUAGCCGUGAGGACCUGUCGGUACUGACUAGGCAGGGACACUAUCCACCCUACGAGCGCGUGGUGCUCCGAGAAGCCAGCUUUAAGCGCCCUGUGGUGAUCCUGGGGCCAGUAGCGGACAUCGCCAUGAAGAGGCUGACCGCAGAGAUGCCAGACCAGUUUGAAAUUGCAGAAAGUGUGUCCCGGACUGACAACCCAUCCAAGAUCAUCAAACUGGACACCGUGCGGGUGAUCGCAGAGAGGGACAGGCACGCGCUGCUGGACGUCACCCCCUCCGCCAUCGAGCGCCUCAACUACGUGCAGUACUACCCCAUAGUCAUCUUCUGCGCCCCCGAGAGCCGGCCCUCCCUCAAGGCCCUGCGCGAGUGGCUGGCCCCCGCCUCCCGCCGCAGCAGCCGGCGCCUAUACGCGCAGGCCCAGCAGCUCCGGAAACACAGCAGCCACCUCUUCACGGCCGUCAUCCCCCUGCAAGGCACCGGGGACUCCUGGUACCAGGAGGUCAAGGCUGUGGUGCAGGAGCAGCAGGCGCGACCCAUCUGGACGGCGGAGGACCAGCUGGAUGGCUCUUCCGAGGACCUUGACCUGCCUGGCCGUGGCCUGGCCGCCAGCUCCGGGGACCUCAGCUGUGACAGUCGGGCCAACAGCGACUACGAGGACACGGACGGCGAGGGCGGUGUCUACACGGACGGCGAGGGGGGUGGACCCCAGGAAGCGGAAGCCAUACCCCAGGCCCUGGCCCGCUCCUCGGAGCCCACGUGGGCGGAUGACCCCCAGGCGCUGAGGAGUCCCGGGAUGGUCGCGGCCGAGUGGGAGGCGCAGGCCGACGGCCACCACCCCCGGCACCAGUGGCGCCAGGACAGCAUGCGGACCUACGAGCGCGAGGCCCUGAGGAAGAAGUUCACGAGAGCCCGGGAUGUCGAAUCCUCUGAUGACGACGGCUAUGACUGGGGCCCAGCCACCGACCUGUGACCUGUGACCCCUGAGGUUACCUCUGGCUCCCUGGAGCCUCAGUCUCCCCUAUACGACCCAGAGUUUCUGAUCAUUUAAUAAACCUUUAAUUUAU